AUGCCUGCUGCUGGUACCACAACGGCUAAAAAGCCACCAUCAAUGCGGGCGUUAACGGCUAGAUUAAAGGAGAUUCAAUUAUCUUUCAACGAUAUUUGGCGAUUCGUACAAGCCUUCAAGGAAACGAAUACAGAAACUGAGGUUGAAGUGCGCCUGAAUAAGUUAGACGAGCUGUGGGAAGGGUUCGGUGAAACAUUAGUUGACAUUUUUGCUCAUGAUGAUUACAAUGCUGAAGGCAGUGCUUUGGAAAAGGAGCGCAUGGAGCUCAGUGAUCGGUAUUACGAGAUCAAAUCCUUUUUAGUUGACAAGGCUAAGGAGUUACAAGAACCGAAUGUGUUGGAUCAAUCUACCCGACUCGGUGACUCGUCGAUACGUGGAAAUAGCGAUCACGUUCGGCUACCACAAAUUAAGCUGCAGUCAUUCGACGGAAACAUAGACGAGUGGCUGAGCUUCCGGGAUCUAUUUACAUCACUCAUUCACUGGAAACCGGAAUUACCCGAGGUUGAGAAAUUCCAUUAUCUGAAAGGGUGUCUGCAAGGUGAGCCCAAAAGUCUUAUCGACCCUCUUCAGAUUACCAAGGCCAACUAUCAAGUAGCGUGGGAUUUAUUGUUGAAACGGUACAACAAUAGUAAGCAGCUGAAACGACGUCAAGUACAAGCUCUCUUCAGCCUGCCUGUCCUUGCGAAGGAAUCUGUUAUCGAUCUACACAGUCUAGUUGAAGGGUUUGAAAGAACUGUGCAAACGUUAGAUCAAAUCAUUCAAUCGGCCGAUUACAAGGAUCUUCUAUUGGUGAACAUCCUCACUACAAGAUUGGACCCCGUCACUCGUAGAAGCUGGGAAGAGUUCUCAGCCACGAAGGAAACUGAUACACUGACGGAUUUGUUUGACUUCCUCCGGCGUAGGCUUCAGGUAUUGGACUGCUUGCCAACAAGGGUUGCUGACACUAGGGGUGUUCAGCCACAGCAAUUACAACCAAGGCAAAAAAUACCACCCGUGAGGAAUAGUUACAGUUCAACGCAAGCGUCUGGGGGACGUUGUGUCGUUUGCUCGUCAAAUCAUCCACUUUAUCAAUGUGGUUCCUUUCAGCGAAUGGAGGUUUCGGAUAGGGACACUCUGCUGAAAACUCACUCACUCUGUCGGAAUUGCUUCAAAUUUGGACACCAGGCUAAGGAGUGCCAGUCUAAAUAUUCUUGCAGAAACUGUAAGGCACGACACCACACUCUCGUGUGUUUCAGGUCAGAAAGGGAGCACGACAAGAAGGUUGCGGUAGUUGCUGGGGGCAACAAUCCUUCUUCGUCAAGGGAACCAUCCAAUGAUUCUACGAUACAAAUAGCCAACGUGGCGGCUACAGAGGUUCUAGCGGUUAAUUCGGCACAUCAACGUGCUGCUAAGGUUCUUUUGGCUACAGCGAUUGUUAUGAUCGAGGAUGAUUAUGGCAAUAGAUUUCCUGCUCGUGCUCUUUUGGAUUCGGGAUCUGAGUGCAAUUUCGUGACCGAGAGAUUAGGUCAGCGCAUGAAGUUAACAAGAGAGCGAGUGAAUAUAUCGGUGGUAGGAAUUGGACAAACAGCGUCCAAGGUCAAAUAUCGGAUUCAAGCAGUUUUACGUUCGCGGGUAUCGGAAUACUCCAGAGAGUUAAGUUUUUUGGUUCUCCCGAAGGUUACGGUUAAUCUUCCAACCACUACUAUCUGCACUGAUAAAUGGAUAAUUCCGGAGGGCAUCAAAUUGGCUGAUCCGGCCUUCUUCGAAUCGAAGGUCGUCGAUCUGGUACUCGGCAUCGAGGCAUUCUUCGAUUUUUUCGAAACAGGGAAAAGAAUUUCUUUAGGACAGCAGCUACCAACAUUGAAUGAUUCUGUAUUCGGUUGGGUCGUAUGCGGUGGAUAUUUAAAUUCCAAUCGAUCACUAAGCAUGAGCUGCAAUGUGUCAACCACGGAGGAUUUAGAAUCGCUAAUGACGCGAUUUUGGACUUGUGAGGAAGUUGAACAAGAAAAGGCGCUCUCGCUCGAAGAGAAACGUUGCGAGGAACUGUUUCUGAAUACGUUUCAAAGAGAUCAAAGUGGUAGGUACACCGUCGCCUUACCCAAAAAUGAAGAUCUAUUAUCUAAGUUAGGUGCAUCAAGGGAUAUCGCAGUACGACGCCUUCAAGGGACGGAGCGUAGGCUUGCAAGAGACACAUAUUUGAAACAGCAAUAUGAGAUGUUCAUUGAAGAAUAUCUGCAUCUUGGUCACAUGCGAAAGAUUGAUGACGCGACUCCGGGAUCUGGUAAACGUUGUUAUUUGCCACACCAUCCUGUAGUAAAGGACUCUAGUACCACUACUAAGGUACGCGUCGUAUUUGACGCUUCGUGUAAGACUUCCACGGGGGUAUCACUAAACGACGUGCUACUAUCAGGUCCUGUCAUACAGGAGGACCUUCGUUCGAUUAUUCUACGCAGUCGAAUAAACCAAAUUAUGCUAGUGUCCGAUGUUGAAAAAAUGUUUCGACAAAUUCAAGUUUUUUCCCAAGAUCGACCGCUACAGUGUAUUUUGUGGCGUAACUCGCCAUCGGAUGAGAUAUCUACCUACGAAUUGAAUACGGUGACGUAUGGAACCAAGCCAGCUCCAUUUUUAGCAACAAGAACGUUAAAACAACUAGCGCUAGAUGAGGAAGAGCGGUAUCCGCUAGCGUCCAAGGCAAUCCUUGAGGAUACGUAUAUGGACGACGUCAUCACAGGAGCAAAUGAGAUUGAAUCAGCAGUCAUUUUGCGAACUCAGCUUGAUUCGAUGACAUCAAGUGGGGGUUUUUGUUUGCGGAAGUGGGCGUCUAAUUGUCCUGAAGUGCUACAAGGCAUAGCAGAAGAGAAUCUUGCCAUUCGAGUUUCGGAAGGAAUCGUUCUGGAUGCAGAUACUUCGAUAAAAACGUUGGGACUGACUUGGUUGCCAAUGACUGAUACACUUCGGUAUCAGUUUAAUAUUCCUAUGCAAGAUACAGGUGAACCAUUUACAAAACGGAAGAUAUUGUCGGUGAUCGCAUCACUUUUCGACCCAUUAGGCCUUCUGGGUGCUGCAAUCACCACUGCAAAAAUUUUCAUGCAGCUGUUGUGGACGUUGCGUGAUGAAAAUAAUCAACGAUUAGACUGGGAUCAGCCGUUAUUUCCAACGGUGGGUGAGAGGUGGAGAAAAUAUUAUGAUCAGCUUCGACUAUUCAACGAAAUUCGUAUCGAUCGCUGUGUUAUCAUCCCAGAAGCGUUGUGUGUGGAAAUCCAUUGCUUUUCGGAUGCAUCGGAGAAAGCGUAUGGUGCAUGUCUUUAUCUUAGGAGUCAAAAUUCAGUUGGAGAGGUAAAAGUAAGGCUGCUAACCUCGAAGUCUAAGGUUGCUCCGCUGAAGUGUCAGACCAUUCCCAGGUUGGAGUUGUGCGGUGCACUGCUGGCAGUGCAGCUGUACGAAAAGGUUCGUCAAUCGAUAAAAAUUACCGCUAAAUCAUAUUUCUGGACGGAUUCUACGUGCGUCCUGCGCUGGAUCGCUGCAACUCCAUCGACCUGGACAACAUUCGUUGCAAAUAGGGUGGCAAAAAUACAGUCAGCUACAAAGGGAUCCAAAUGGAAUCACGUGUCUGGUGUUCAGAAUCCAGCAGAUCUCAUCUCCAGAGGAAUUCUUCCAGAUGAUAUUGUUUCCAACCAGUUUUGGUGGCAGGGACCUAGCUGGUUACAAGAGACUGAAGACCGAUGGCCUAGUAGAGCGGAAUUCUCACCAACAAAUGAGUGCGAUGAAGAGAAACGGCGGACAGUUAUAGCUGUGACUGUUUCCACAACUGCAGAGUUUAACAAUUAUUACAUGACAAAAUUUUCUUCAUACAACGACUUAUUGCGUUGCACUGCUUAUUGGUUACGUCUGAUCCAUCUUUUACGGACCCCGAGAGCUGCUAGGAAACCUUUUUCGUUCCUGACCACAAAUGAGCUGAAAGAGGCGGAAAACACACUUGUCCGACUAGUUCAACAAGAAAUGUUUCCAAGCGAAUGGAAGGCACUUACAGGGGGAGUUGCUGUUCACAAGAGUUCGCCGUUAAGAUGGUUUAACCCAUUCAUCUCCAAAGAGUUGCUGAUCAGACUAGGAGGUCGUUUAAGACAUGCAAUGGAGUCAGAGGACACUAAACAUCCUGUUGUUCUACCUGCUCGACACUGGCUCACACGUCUUCUGUUGCGUUAUUAUCACGAACAGCUUCUACACGCUGGACCACAAUUAAUCUUGGGAGCUAUUCGACUCAAAUUCUGGCCACUUGGAGGCAGAAGUGUAGUGAGACAUAUUGUGCAUCAAUGUCAUAAGUGCUUUCGAUCAAAACCAACAACUAUACAACAAUUUAUGGGUGAUUUACCUGUUGCUCGAGUCACGAUAUCUCGCCCGUUUUCACGAACCGGUGUUGACUAUUUUGGACCCCUCUACAUUAGACCUGCACCAAGACGUGUGGCUGUUAAGGCAUACGUAGCUAUUUUCGUGUGCAUGUGCACUAAGGCAGUGCACUUAGAACUGGUCACAGAUUUGUCUACAGAUCGAUUUUUGCAAGCACUACGUCGUUUUGUGGCCAGAAGAGGUCGGUGUUCGGAUAUUUAUUCCGACAAUGGAACCAAUUUUGUCGGUGCUAGAAAUAAGCUGAAGGAGUUUCUUAACUUAAUAAAAGAGGCGCAUCAUCACGACAUAGUUUCCAAAGAAUUAGCCAAGGAAGGGAUUCAAUGGCAUUUCAAUCCACCGAGCGCACCUCAUUUUGGUGGUAUCUGGGAGGCAGCUGUUCGAUCCGCUAAAAAUCACAUUUUAAAGAUCGUGGGCGAAACUCCCGUGUCCCCAGAAGAUUUAAACACCUUACUUGUGCAAGUCAAAGGAUGCUUGAACUCUCGCCCACUAACACCCAUAUCUGAUGAUCCGAACGAUCUGCAACCACUGACCCCGGGUCAUUUUCUUGUCGGUGAAUCACUCCAAACAAUACCUGAGCCAGACCUAACGAGCAUUCCCACAAAUCGUCUAACUCAAUGGCAGUUAAUGCAGCAGAAAGUGCAACAUUUUUGGAAAAGAUGGCGCAGAGAAUAUCUCUGUCUACUGCAAGCAAGAGCAAAACGAUGGAAGCCAGCUGUUCAAAUCGACGUAGGAAAAUUGGUGAUCAUUCAAGAUGACAAUCAACCACCCAUGCGCUGGAAAAUGGGACGAAUCGUUCAAACUCAUCCUGGUGAUGAUGGAACCGUAAGAGUGGUUACACUGAAAACCGCUACGGGAAUGCUGACUCGUCCAGUGGAGAAAAUCUGUUUAUUACCCGAGAAUAGCAGCUCACAUUCCUUAGAAAAUGACAAGCAACAUCCCUAG